AUGGAUAUUGGAGAUUUGGGUAGAAAUAGCGAUGGAGGUGUGUUUAGAUUAUCUCGUUUGGGUAGAUGGUUAGAAAUUGGAGGAAUGAACGUUCCGCAAUCAGAACCUUUACCACACGACAACGAAGGUCCCAAUUUUCCAUAUUAUUUUUGUGGGGAUGAAGCUUUUCCAUUAAAAUCUUAUUUGUUAAGACCAUAUCCACAAAAGACUUUAAACGAUCAAAAACAAAUUUUCAAUUACAGAUUAAAUAGAGGAAAAAAAUCAGUCAAAUGCACCUUUGGAAUGAUGGUUUCCAAGUUUAGAGUUUUUGAAACACCAAUCGCSUGUUCUGAGUCACUGUAA